UAUAGAGCCAUGUGACUGUGACGUAAGCAAUGUAAGCUGCUCGUAAGCCGAGCGCCAAGCCAAGAUGGCAGCGGGCCCCACUGUUCCUAAUAACAAUAACAAUAAUAAUGCUUCUACAAACAAUAAUACUUGGGCACUUUUGCCCAGCAUACUGGUUGUCGACAUUCUUUCGUACCUUUCGCUCGAAGACAGGAUCCGUGCCAGUACGGUAUGUAAGCGUUGGCGAUGCUGUCUUUUCCACCCGUCGCUCUGGCCGCGUCUCGUGCUCGAGCUCACUCCCGCCGUCCGUCGCCAGAGGUCCAAGUUCCUGGCGGCUCGCUGUGGCAGGUUCGUACGCCAAAUAGAAAUCGUCUUUAAUUCUCACAAUAUCAGUCAAGUGAAGGACUGUUUGAAGCUGCUGAACGUCGUGGCCACCAACAAGAACACGCAAUGCUUCACGCUUCGUCCGUCUGGUUGUCAGAUAGAAUGGCCGUCUGUCGCCAACAUCGCCAACACAUCAAGCAACAACACCACCACCACCACUACCAACAACAACAACACAGCCAACACCACCACCAACACUAACACCACCAGUUCUAACAACAACAACACCACCACCACCACCACCACCUCCGAUGACAAUGACGACGUUGUUGUCGACGAUGACGAUGUUGUUGAUGAUGAUGAUGAUAACGAUGCUGAUGCUACUUCAGAUUCGACGACAGAAACUUCAACUCCAACAACAACAACAACAGCAGCAACAACAACAACAUCACCACCACCGCCACCACCAUCAACAACUACUACUACUACUACCACCACUACUAGUAGUCCUACUACACCAGCUACUACAAAUACGACAUGUAACAACAACAACAGCUGCAGCAGCAACAACAACAACCAUCAUCACCAUCACCGACACCACCACCAUCACCACCAACAUCAACAACAACACCACAAUAAUAACAACAACAGCAGCAGUAGCAAUAAUACUAAUAAUAAUAACAACUUUGGUAAGACUACUGCUGUUGGUGCAGAUGGUUCGCAAACAAGUAGUGACAACGGCAACAACAGCAGCGACGAAGGAUCGGAUAACCGUGUGUCCAGUCCUACACAUCAUUCCUCCGAAGCUCCCAUACACACAAUCGAUCAGUAUCUUGAUAAUAUUGAAGCCUUAAUCAAGACCAGCAGGCAUCUGCAACAUUUUGCUUUAGGUUGUGUUGAAGAGCUUUUAGAACACUCCAAUGUUUUUGUCAACUUACUGGCAGAACAUCAUGCAUCUACACUGGAGUCUCUGCAUCUUGCCAGUGUGAAAGAAGACUCUGAAAGUUAUGGUAUCAUAGAAUUGAAUGCUAUUGACUUUUGCCGUUUUAUGGGUCUCCGUAGUCUUAGCCUUGAUUAUGAUUACUUAACCAAUGACCUCCUGCUAACCUUUAUUGAUCCCAAGAAGUCUAAGCUUGAAAAUUUGGUUAUUAAUGUCCACGGUAUUGAUGCUGACCAUGAAGUGAUUACCAAUGAAACUUGGCGCCGGUUACGUAACCAUUCUUCAAACCUAGAAGUGACCUUAAACCUGAUUCACUCGUUUGAGGGUGUUGCUGGUCUCUUGAAUAUCUUGCAACCUUCAAUGCCCUUAGCCAAAUUCCGGCAGAUGUUCUGUUCCAAUAUCAACAUUGCUUCAGUUAGUUAUAUAUCUUCACAUUACAAUAACACGCUGAAAGAAAUACAUAUAAUAGAUGGUUUUGCUAAUGGAGACCCUAUUGUUUAUGAGAUUGAAGCUGAUGAAGAUCCCUUUGUGAUGUUGGCUUGGCGUUGCCCAAAACUGAUGCAUUUCACAUUAAUAGGUUAUCAGGUAUGUGAUGAUGACAUGGUGGCUAUUGCUAGGUUACGUGGCCAACAAUUGAAAACUUUUGACAUUCCAUCUAGCUGUAUUUAUAGUCUUCAUGAGGAGGAUGAAGUCACAUGGAUGAAAUUUGGAUCAUAUGAUGGUGAAUUUUUUCAAAAGGUGUCUGAAAGCCUUGGUCAUGAUUGGCUACCUCUGAAAAACAGUCAGCUUCCUACAGCUGUCCUAGAUGCCCAAGCUGAUGCAGAACCUGCCUACAUGCACAUCCUGUUAGAAGACCAAGCCUGGAGGGGCAGGAAUAAACGCUAAUCUAUUCCUGUGCUUCAAGAGUCUUGAAGUACCCCAUACCCUAAAUCUGGCCAGUAUGUUGGUUGCAUUAAUUAACAACUGCUACCUCUUCUUUUUCAUUUCCAGUGGCGGGGUUUUGACAUCAUUAAACGUUACAGACGUACAAACAAACAAACAAAAAAAACAAAAAGGAAAAAAAUGUCCCAAAUAAAAUGGAAAAAAAAAAAAGAGAGACACUUUCACAAAAUAACAUGUCGAUGGCAAAAGAAUUGAUAGCAUACUUAGCCAAAUCAAAAUCAGAUCUGUGAAUGCCAGUGGGAUGGGGUGGAGAAAGAAAUCUUUUUUCUAUUUUUUUUUUUUUGAAAAAAAAAAAGAAAACAGACUUUUUUUUUUGUUUA